AUGCUUCUCCGAGGCCAAAGACGUCCAGGACUCAUCCUUGUGGGCGUAUUUCUGUUCGGCAUUGUUUUCAGCAUAUACAAAAUCCAUAAUGUGGACGGUUUCCCUCCUUAUGUCCAGAAGUGGGCUGAAGGAGCAUUUUCGUCCUCGGAAAGACAUCGAGGCCAAUACUUCAAUUCUACAUGGAGGAAUCCGACCGACGCCACGACGACAGGAUCGUCCCAGCCAGAGGCCAUGGACAUGUCGACAUCUCACAAUAUUCUCUUGUCGGCCUCUACGUAUGACCAGAGGUAUUUUCCCAUCACAUUUGGAACAUACGAGGCCAUGAAUCCCAACAUUAUUCCUCAUCCUCAACUACACGAUACCUGGGUGAUCGUGGCACAGCAGCGGCUCGAAGACUCGACUUCCAGGCCAACUGAGAUAUCGUGCAAUGCUGUCUUCUCGGAGGGCGCUUUGAGGUGUAUCGAGCAACCUGUUGCGCUGCCUAUCCCAGCAACCUUCGGUCCUCACUGCAGAGAUGAUCUAGCGUAUUUGGCUUUCAAUUAUGGUCCUCAUGAUGCUCGAGUCUUCUACGGACCGACUACACCGUACGCAUUGUACGGGUCCAACUCGGCGUAUACGUGCUUCGGCCAGUGGAUUCAGGACUUUGCAAUACUAGUAGAUUGGGAGGAACAACUGGGAGAUUGGGGAUUCCCGGUACCCACCGACCUCCAGAGACCGCUUCCCUACCGCCCGAUCGAGAAAAAUUGGUUCGUCUUCUGGGAUAAUCACGGCCAAAUUUAUAUACACCACGACAUCUAUCCUCAACGCGUAUUUGCUAGACUCAACCUGGAUGGAUCUAUCGGACCAGAUCUGGCACCACUAGCGAGUACUAGUGAUCAGCUCUGCGCGGCCAGAUACAUGCCUAAGGCUGGAGACACGCUCGAGUCCAUUCACCAGGCUACGAACUCCUUGCUCAUUACUCUUUGCCAACGCGCAGAUUCUACCUGUCGUCCCGACACCACCAAUACUUAUAUUAUGACUAUCUUCCAACACAAGACAUUUUACUCCUACCAUAGCGUGUAUGAGCCCUACCUAAUGCUGUUUAGUCAGCAAGCUCCGUUCGAGAUCCGAGCUAUCUCCAGAAAGCCUUUCUGGAUAAAUGGCCGUGGCAAGCCAGGUGAAAACAGACCUGAUUACCUACCUUUGAAACCCACAGAUCCAUGGAACCAGACGGAGAUGCUGUACAUGACGUCGAUGAGUUGGAAGGCGCACGGCCAAAAGUAUCAUGGCUAUAGUGACGAUCAAGUGUUCUUCGCAUUCGGCAUUGAAGAUAAGCAGACUGGAGGUAUUGACAUUCUUGCUGAAGAUCUCAUGCAAGAUCUGGGCUGGUGCAAUUUAGCUUGA